AUGGCACAUCACCACCUCUGCCUCUUCCUCCUCUGCCUCCUCCUGAUCUCUUUCUCGAUAGCGAUCGACGAUGAUGACGCCGCCAUCAUGGCUAAGCUUUACGAGUCCAUUUCAGACCCCCCUUCCACUUGGAAAACCGAAAAACACUUCUGUGAAUGGGAAGGAAUCACUUGUGACGACUCAUCAUCCACUCGUGUCACCUCCAUCAACCUCGCUGAUAAAUCACUUAGCGGAACCCUCCCACCCGACCUUCACAAGCUCUCACACCUCAAAACUCUGGACCUUCAAAGCAACCAAUUUAGUGGGCCCCUGCCUAGUUUAGCUAACCUCACUCUCCUCCAACAACUGAACCUAUUCAGGAACGGCUUCACUUCAAUCCCUCAAGACUUUCUUGUCGGGCUUAGCAGUCUCCAACAUUUUAACAUCUCUCAGAACUCCAAUCUGGAUCCAUGGGUUAUCCCUAACAACCUCCCUGAUCAGUUACGUUCCUUCAGUGCCAGCUAUGCGUCCCUAUCGGCCUAUAAUGCUAACAUAAUUGGUUCCAUUCCAGACAUUUUCAACGCUUCCCACAGUUUGAGGUAUCUCUAUUUGUCCUACAAUAAUCUCACUGGAACUUUACCUCCAUCUUUUGCCGGGUCGUCAAUUAUUGAGCUUCAGCUUGACAAUCAACUUCAAGGCCUUUCUGGUACGCUUGAUGUAAUCUCUUCAAUGACUCAACUUACGCAAGCUCGGUUAGAAGCUAAUGAUUUCAGUGGUCCCAUUCCGGAUCUUUCAAGUUGUAUCGCUUUAACCGAUUUACAACUUGGGAAUAAUCAACUAACGGGACUAGUCCAUAAUUCACUGAGGAAUCUACCUAAUUUAGCCAACAUUACUUUGCAAAAUAAUAGAUUACAGGGCCCUUUACCUGUGUUUCGAAAAUCUGUUGAAUCUAGAUUAGGUAAUAAUAGUUUUUGUUUACCUACUGGGGAGGAAUGUGAUCCACAAGUGACCGCUCUCCUUGAGAUCGCCAAAGAUCUUGGGUAUCCGAUGUCAUUGGCAGAAUCAUGGAAAGGCAACGAUGCGUGUAGGGGAUGGAGAUUUAUUACUUGCGAUUCUUUAGGGAAGAAUGUCUUAGCUGUGGACUUUGGGAAACACAAGUUUUCAGGUACCGUUUCCCCAUCCUUUGCAAAGCUAGCAAAGUUGAGAAAUUUAUCACUAAAUGAGAAUAAUCUCACGGGUUCUAUUCCGGAGGAAUUGACAUCUUUGGAGGAUCUUCAGUUUUUUGAUGUGUCAAACAAUAAUCUCACGGGUUCUAUACCUAAGUUCCCACGAAAGGUGAAGUUCUUACAUAACAAUACCUUAUUAGGUAAACAAAGUUCUAAAAAAAACUAUGGCUCAUUACGUGUGGUUAUUGGUAGCGUAAUAGUUAGUUUUCUUGCUUUAGCUGGAAUUGCAUUGCUCGUGUGUUACAAGUGUUAUGGAGAUUCUGGAAAAUCACGCAUUCAAAUUACCGAAAAUUAUGGUGAAAUACCUAUAUCUAAAAGUGGCAAAGUAAUGAUUUCCACGCAACUUCUUGAGCAAGUCACUGAUAGUUUCAGUAAUAACAAUGUGUUGGGGAGAGGUGGAUUUGGUACUGUUUACAAAGGAGUGUUACAUGACGGAACUAAGAUUGCGGUCAAGAAGAUGAAAUCCGAUAUGAAUGGAACAAAAGGAAUAAAAGAGUUCCACGCAGAAAUUGGGGUACUAACAAAAGUAAGGCAUAGACAUCUCGUUGCUCUUCUUGGUUAUUGUAUUAAUGAUAAUGAGAGGCUGUUAGUAUAUGAAUACAUGCCGCAAGGUACCUUAAGUCAACAUUUGUUUAAGUGGAGAGAACAUAAAAGUGAACCUCUUAGUUGGAAUCAAAGAAUUUCAAUUGCUUUAGAUGUAGGAAGAGGGAUUGAGUAUAUGCAUAAUUUAGCACAACAAAGCUUCAUUCACCGUGACUUAAAGCCUGCUAACAUUCUUCUUGAUGAUGAAAUGAGAGCAAAGAUUGCCGAUUUUGGUUUGGUUAAAAAUGCGCCUCAUGGAAAGUACUCUAUAGAGACAAGAUUGGCAGGGACUUUUGGUUAUUUAGCCCCAGAAUAUGCUGCUACCGGGAGGGUGACGACAAAGGUGGAUGUUUUUGCAUUUGGGGUAGUCUUGAUGGAGUUGAUUACCGGCCGAAAAGCAUUAGAUAGAAGUAUGCCCGAUGAGAGAUGUCAACUGGUUACAUGGUUUCGAAGGGUCCCUAUCUACAAAGAAAACAUGGUGAAGUUCAUUGAUCAAGUUCUUGAUACGGAUGAUAAUGAAACCCUUAAAAGUAUCUUAAAGGUGGCUGAGUUAGCACGUCACUGCACUGCAUCUGAACCAUUUCAGAGACCUAACAUGGGUUAUGUAGUUGGCGUGUUGGCUCAUUUUGUAGAAGAAUGGAAUCCUUCUCGACACGAAGAAGAUAAAACUUUUGGUCAUAAGCACCAUAUGAGCCUUCCUGAAUCCUUGCAAGAUGAUGAGGAUACCUCAAGAAUACUUAAUCUCUUUCGGUUAAGCUCGUUUUAGCAUAUGUUAACACCAAAGUUUUAGGAAGUUCAAACAAAUUUGUUUAGCAAGAUUGUAAGUAGCAAAGAAAAAAGAGUCGAAUUCAAGAAUAAGAUGAAAUUUGUCAUUAGAAUACUUGUAAAAUCUUUGACUACUUUUAAACACUGAAA